AUGGCGAUUGAAAAGCAAUUUCAGAAUAACGAUAAUAACAAGGAUAAAAGAAGUUCAGUGAGUCAAAAUGAAGAACUUUAUACUUCGGAUUGCUCGACUGAAUCGAUUGAUUUGACAUCUAGGAUAGAUGAGAUCGUCGAUUCUUUGGAUAUUGGAUUAUUCCAUUAUAUUAUCACUUUAAUAUGUGGACUUGGCUUUAGUGGGUUUUCGUUCUGUUAUCAAUCGAUCGGUUUUGUUAUCAUUUCAGCAUGCGAUUUAGACAUUAAUCGAAAUAAUAAAGGUUGGCUAAGUAUAGCUUUUAUGAUCGGCCUUGCUACUAGUGCUAGUAUAUAUGGUAGAUUCGCUGAUGUUUAUGGUCGACAAAAAAUUCUUGUCAUCUUGUUAUUAAUAAAUUUAAUAGGAAUGUUAGCAAGUGCAUUUGCUUAUAACUAUCUAAUGCUUGUUAUCAUGUUUGGCUUGAUCGGUAGUACUUAUGCUGGUAUCACCACAAUCGUUCAUUCUUAUCUUUUAGAAUUUUUUCCUCGUCGUUAUAGGGGUAGAGCGGCUGCCGUUUUAUCGUCAUUUCUGAUAUUUGGAAAUGUUUAUAGUUCCCUUAUCGGAUUACUUAUAUUGCCUUAUUCAUUUUAUAGUCCUAUUGGCGCGAUAUACUUUACAAAUUGGCGACUUUAUCUACUUGUAGGCUCUAUUCCAUCCUUAUUGAGUUUUUGUGUACUUUUAUUUAUGCCUAGAAGUUUACGAUUUGUAUUAGCUAAGAACGAUAAGAAAGGUUUUCGAGACGUAUUAAAUAAAAUUAAUCAAAUUAAUAAUUGCUGUAAGACCACAGACGAUUCCUAUCAACAAGUUAUUUAUUGUAAAGUAGGCCAUCACGAUUUACGAGUAGAAGAAACGAGUAAAGAUGUUAAAAAUGAUAAAGGAAAUACUUUUCUGCAAGAUAUUCGGGAACUUCUGCAACCACCUUGGCGUAAACGAUUGCUAUUGAUAUCUUUAGUAUGGCUUGGAUAUUGUGUCGCCGAUCAAGGACUUACAAUUUGGUUACCGACAGUUAUUGCUCAUUACGUAAAUAGUAAAACUUGUUGGCAUCAUCAUCAUAGCGGCAUGUAUAAUCUAUCAUGGAAUACUACACAUUCAUCACAUAAUGUCGCUUCGGACUGUCAAAGCGGUAAUAAUAUAAGGACUGUAAUAUUAAACAUCUUUCUUGGUCAUUUAAUAUCCAUACCUAUCGCGAUUUUAUGUGUUCUACUUAUUAAUCGUAUCGGUCGGAAAGCAUUAUACAUUAUUUUAGCGUCUAUGAGUGGUUUAAGUAUUUUACUGCUAUUGAUAAUUGAUACUAUGCAAAGCUCUAUGAUCAUAGCUUGUAUUUUUACGUCUAUUUCCACGAAUGGAUGGACACCGUGUAAAAUUUGGAGUACAGAAUUAUUCCGUACUGAAUUUAGAACUACCGCUCUUGGUAUUGCGAGCAUGAUGGGACAUCUUGGAUCUAUACUAGGGAUGAUAAUAUUCGCUGCUUUAUUUUAUAUUAGUUGCACAGCUACACUUAUAAUACUUUCUGCAUUAGGUUUAUUAACAGCUGUUGCAGCAAUAUUUCUACCUGAUACUACAAACGCUGAUAUUAGAUAA